CCGGACAAAGGAGAGACCGCGCUGGUGCAAACAGACCAAAGGGAAGAUUCUCACUUCGGUCUCCCAUCAGGCCACCCCGAAACCAAUCGCACGCACCAGGAGCGGCGCACGUUGCAGUCCCCACCCCACCCAACCGGACCUCGGCUCGUUCGUUCGCGGCUUCGGCGUCAUUUCUCCAUCACCCUAAACCAACGCACGUCGUCCAUGCCGAGCAUCAAGGCGCGGCGCCACCACCAGGGGCUGGGGUUUUAGGCCCGUGGCGUGCCGAGCGUUUCGGACGAGGAAGGGAAACAAUCGGCGCGGCGGGCGAUGGGGUGCAAGGGGUCCAAGCUGGACGAGCAGGAGGCCGUGGCGCUGUGCCGGGGCCGUGCCGACCUGCUCGCGGCAGCGGUGCGGCACCGCUACGCGCUCGCGGACGCGCACGCCGCGCUCGCCGACUCGCUCGCGUCCGUGGCCGAGGCGCUCCACCUCCUCAUGACCGCCUCCGCCUCCACCCUGCCGCGGCUCGCGCUCCCCACCUCGCGCAAGGGCGUGGACGCGCCGCCGCGUCAGCAACCCUCCUCGCCGCCACACUCCUCGUCGCACAUCAACUUCGCGCCGUCCUCCGAGUCCGAGUCCGAGUCCGGCUCCGUGGCCUCCUCGCCUCACCGCUGCGCCGGUCACGACCAGCUUCACCACCCGCACCCGCAUCCGGACCGGCUCCCGUUCCCGCAUUACGGGUACAACGGCUACGGGUACGCGCCCGAGCCCCCGUUCGGUGGGUACCCGCCGGGAUCGCUGCGACUCUACUACGCGCGGAACCGCCCGCCCCAGGCAUCCGUCGCCGUCGAGCAGCGCACCGCGGCGCCGGAGCGCGUGUACUACGGCUCCUUCGAACCGGCGGCGGGUGGGUACCCGCAGCAUUAUUCGUACGGCAGCGAGCCGCCGACGCCUGGUAGGGACAGCGAGCCGCCGACGCCUGGUAGGGCUGCUGCGCCGCCGCCUAGUGCGAGCUCGUGGGACUUCUUCAAUGUGUUCGAUGACUACGACGUGUACGACAACUACUGUUACGAUGCUGUCGGCGGUGGGGCCACAGCGGUGCCCGCGUACACGCCGAGCAGGAGCUCGCGGGAGGUGCGGGAGGAGGAGGGAAUACCGGAGCUCGAGGAGGACGAAGUCGUUGUCAAGCAGGUGGAUAGCGAGUACUCCACGCCCGGGAGCGGCGCCCGCAGCCGACGCAGCUCGCUCAGUGGCGUGAGCAGUAGCAUUGCCGAAGUCGAUGAAGUGGAAAAUUCUGUCGUCGAUAAGGAAGUGAUUGGUGGGGGCAACUUGGCGCGCCAACAGGCGGGGGCGCAGCGUAAUGUCACUGCGUCAGCGCCGACUAUCCGGAGGGCCAUUGAGAAUACAGACGUUGCCGGUGAGAUCAAAACGCAGUUUGUUCGAGCGUCAGACGCCGUCAGGGCGCUUGCGCCGAUUCUUGAGGUCGGGAGGCAGAGGUACCAUCCCCGGAGCUCUGUGUACCAUGUUUCAUCUCAGAUGGUGUCAGCAAUUGCCUUGCCGCAUUCAGACCUUGGAGGCGUCGAGCUCUUGGAUGUUGGAGGGGAGAAGGUUGUAGGAGGAAGGAGCUUGUCUUUGACGCUGCAGAAGCUCUAUAUCUGGGAGAAGAAGUUGUAUGAGGAGGUUAAGGCUGAAGAGAAAAUGCGCCUGCUGCUUGCUAAGAACUCAAAGCGGCUAAAAUUCUUGGAUCAAAAAGGCGCUGAAGCUCACAAGAUCGACAUGACUCGAAAUUUGGUCAGGAAGCUGUCAACAAAAAUCAGAAUAGCUGUGAGAGUAAUAGCUAAGGUUUCAAAAAAGAUAAGCAGAGUACGGGACGAUGAAUUAUGCCCACAAAUUAAUGCCUUAAUCCAAGGGUUUGUGAGAAUGUGGCACGAUAAGCUGGAUUGCUACCUGAUACAGUGUCAAGUGAUGUCAGAGGCAAAAAACUUGGAUUCAAUUGUUUCUGGUGGAAGCAGUCGAGAUUUGGCAUUGGAGCUUGAACUAGAGUUGAUAAAAUGGAUUGUCAAAUUUUCCUAUUGGGUGAAUGCACAGAGGUGCUUCGUGAAGGCACUGAAUGGAUGGCUAGCACUUUGUCUUAACUACAAGGUUGAAGAGACAGUUGAUGGAGUUCCUCCUUAUUCGCCUGGAAAAGUGGGUGCUCCCCUUGUGUUUGUCAUCUGCAACAGCUGGUCUCAAGCUAUGGAUCGGAUUUCCGAGAAGGAAGUAGUUACCUCUAUGCAAGCUCUUGUGUCUAAUGUACGGAAGCUGUCGGAGCAACACAACGUUGAACAAACGGAACAGAUCAUUGCAAGCCGGGAAAGAGAUAAAUGGAACAAGACAUUGGAAAGAAAGACCCAAGAGAUUAACAAGGAAGCAGAUGCGCUGAAUAGGAAGCUAGCCCUGGUACCAGGCUGGCAGAGCCUGCUACCAAGCGCACAUACAUACCAGGAGCAUCUUCUUGAAGCAAGCAAUUUGCAGACUUGUUUGGGCCGUGUUGUUCAGGCCCUGGAAAGCUUCGCUUCCAGCUCCCUGAAAGUUUUCGAGGAGACCUUGAGACAUGCUGAAGAGGAAAGGUUGUCCAGAGAGGGCGCGAAAGUUUCAUAGCCUGAUGCUGCAUCUGACAGUGAACAAGAUUGUAAUAGUAUGAGCAUGUCCUCACCGGAUGGCAUUGGUGCAGAAUAUACUAGGCAAAUGCUGCUCGCAGAGGAAUUUUGGUGGCGAAAUCCUGACAUCUGAGUUUUGCUAACUGACAGAGGCUUGUCAAUGUAGUUCAGGCAAAAGUCUCGUUGUCCGUCAGAGUAGAUAUACGUAGCAGCAGGUUCUUGUAGGUGAAGUGCUCGUUUUGUUGGUGGUAUGCUUAUGCGGUGCACUGAGUUUGUAUGUUAUUUUCCUUCGUGCCUGACGCCACUAUAGCUGAAUCCUUGAGUGCGCAAUAGUAGAACAAUAUGUUGUUCAUGUAAUGCGGUGUACACAUACUGUUUUGUGCGAAUCAAGCUUUCACUUUGCUCGCCUAGCUGUAUCUAGGUAUUGAAUUGGUUGCCCAAGAAUUGCAAGUUUUG